GAAUCGCAAAAAUGUCGCAGGAUAUUAUUAAUCUCGACGCAAUGUUCGACGACUCAGAUUUGGAAGACUAUGAGGAGCCCGAGUUGCGGAUUGAUUGUGGCGAUGAAGAUGAGCUGAUGAGUGCCACGGUAACCCAGCAGGGCUUUGACUUUAUGCAGUUGAGUCUUGGAGACUCGUCAGCUUACGUAAAUGAGUUGUUGGGGGUUCCUGUCGUCGAUAAUCUGCCACCGGGGAGCCCUAUGGGAUUCGUGAAGGGUACUGAAGAUGAAUAUGAUGAACUUGAAAAGCUUACAGCGCAAAUAUGCAGCGAUGUGUAUUCACAAGGCCACAGAAGUCUUCCAAAAAGUUAUCUCGACGAACAAAUCGCUAUGGAAAAAAAUAACAAUUUGGAGGAAAAUGAACCUAAGCCAGGUAGCCAUUCAGAAGGCCUUCUGUCCAUUGCACAACCUAACCAGGUCGAUGAAGAACAACUGAAGCAAUCUGUAGCACAGGAGAAGCUCGAGGAGCUCACAAUGCGCAUUGGCAACUCCUAUCACAGAGCAACACAGAAGCGACAGACGAUCCUGAUCGACAUUGCCCCGAUGCCUAUAGCCCGUCGGAGGUCGACAUCCACCAAGACCGUCAAAUCCCCGACAACUCCCACCGUACCCAAACUCGUCAGCAAAGUGACGUCGAAGAAGCCUAAGAAGGCUCCACUCUUCGCGAAGUACACCAAAAUGUUUGAUCCUAGACGCUAAGGAAAAUAUGAAUAUGUGAACCGUUUUUUUAUUAUACUACUUAUUGUUGAUAUUCCAUGAUUUCAAAAAAAAUAUUCCCGGUAUCUUAGCAAAAACAUUCUGAAUAAAUUGUGAUUAAAGGCUG